CUCGGCCCGGCCCGGACGCACGCGCACCUGCUGCAGGCCGUCCUCCCGGCGCUGAACGGCCAGGCCCGCUCGCCGCGCUACCUGGGCUUCGUCACGGGCGGCGUGCUGCCGAUCGCCGAGGCCGCCGACAACCUCGUCUCGGCCGCCGACCAGAACGUGCAGGCCGGGUGGACGCACUCGGCGUCGACGGCCGUCGAGGACGCCGCGCUGCGGAUGCUGAUCGCGCUGCUCGAGCUCGAUCGUCCCGGGCCGCGGAGCGAGACCGGCUGGGGCGGGCGGACGUUCACGACGGGCGCGACGGCGAGCAACCUGCUGGGGCUGGCGUGCGGGCGGGAGGCUGUCGUCGCGCGGCGGGCGGCGGCGAAAGGGGCGGGGCCGGUCGCGGUGGCCGAGCUGGGCCUGCUGGCGGCGUGCCGGGCGGUCGGGGUGGCCGAGAUCCGCGUGCUGACCAGCAUGGCGCACUCGUCGCUGCUGAAGGCGGCCAGUGUGGUGGGGCUGGGGCACGAGAGCGUCAAGGAGGUGGGUGUGAGUGCGGAGGAGCCGUGGAGGCUGGAUCUGGAUGCCGUCGAGAGGGAACUGGCGAGCGGCGAGGCGGACGGGGUCGUGAGUAUCAUUGUGGUGAGUGCCGGCGAGGUCAACACGGGCCGGUUUGCGACGAACGUGCUGGAUAUGCCGAAGCUGCGGAGCCUGGCCGAUCGGUACGGCGCGUGGAUUCACGUGGACGGGGCCUUCGGCCUCUUUGCGCGUGCCCUGCCCAAGACGGACGAGUUCCUGGCCCUGCAUGCACAUGCUGCGGGAUUGGAGCUGGCCGACAGCAUUGCGGCCGACGGACACAAGCUGCUGAACGUGCCCUACGAUAACGGCAUCUUUUUCUGCCGGGAUGCGGCCGUCCUCACGCAGGUCUGCAGUAACCCCAACGCCGCGUAUUUGGCCUCCUCCGGCGAUCCCGACGCCAUUCUCAGCCCACUGAACAUCGGCAUCGAGAACUCGCGCCGCUUCCGCGCCCUGCCGGUGUAUGCUGUGCUCCUGAGCGAGGGCAGGGACGGCAUCGCGGCCAUGCUGAGCCGGAUGGUCCUCCUCGCGCGCGAGAUCGCGGCGUACGUGCGCGACUCAGAGCACUACGAAUGGCUGCCGAGCCAGGACGCGUCGCUGGAGAGCACGUACAUUAUCGUGCUGUUCCGGGCCAAGGACGCCGCGCUGAACGAUGUCUUGGUAGAUCGGAUCAACGCGACGGGCAAGAUGUUCGUCAGCGGGACGAGGUGGGACGGCAAGAAGGCAGUGCGCAUUGCGGUCGGGAGCUGGCGGGUUGACGUCGAGCGGGAUGCGGCGGUGAUCAAAGAGGUGCUGACCGACAUC